CGUGAUAUAUGGGGAGGGGGGGGGUAGUCUUAAACCUCACUAUGUAUCACUAUGGGGGAGGGGAGGUCAAAAAAUGCCAAAAAAAACAUCACGUGAUUAAUGGACGGCCCCCUAGAUGUCGCUACGAUACGUUCUUGAUUUCUCCAUGACAACCCUUCCUUUUUUCUUGGGUUUUCUUUCAUGUUUAAAAGUAAAUUAGUUUGCAAAACUCAUAUUCUAUUUGUACUUUUUCGUAUUUGUAUUGAUAUCUUUGUUUCGAACUUUGCAAAUUUCACUUUAUUAAUAUGUUAGUUAAAAGGAACUGAAAUGACUGUCUUUGGUCUAUUCGAUUCUUGCAAUAAUCAAAUUUUGCUCGAGUCGCCAUCUAGUGGAGGUGCUUUUUUAGUGCUUUCAUUUUUUUUCGAAAUACUUCCUCAUUAAACAGUAAAGAUUAAUUAUAUAAUAGUUAUAAGAAAGCAGAAUUAUUAGUUUAAUUAUGAAUAAUAAUAAAAUCAAAAUGGAAUUCGGUUCGUAGGACUUAAAUUAUUUUUUCCUUUGAUUAUUAUUGGUUCUACAUAUUGACUACAUUUACUGGGAUUGUCGUCACUAACUAUCUCUAUACGUGGUAGAGAUUAGACAGAGAACACUAUUCACACACAUCUAUUUACCCACUUUUAUGACUUCAUAUUACUAAUUUUAUAAUAUUUUCAUUCGUAUUGCAGUUGGAAUUAAAUACAACGAAAAAUGAAGAGUUAAAAUUUAAUACAAAAGAAUCACACAUAGCUAAGAAUGUAGAAUCUACCUAUUACAAUACCCAAGCGAUUGAAAAUACCCAAAACGACUACAGCAACAUUGACGAAAUAUUAGCAAUCGAUUCAAUGUUUAACAAAAAUAUCAAUACACAAAUUUCUAACAAAUUUAAUGAUACAUCUCAAAAUUACACUCACGUCAGUCAGAGUCAAUACAAUAAUAUAACAUUUAAUGAUAUAUUAUUCAAAUCUAAAGAACGUUUUAGUAAAGAUGCUAAUAACAAUACAGAUAAACAAAAUAACAACAGCAACCUAUCUAUGAAUGAGAAUCCAGCAGCAAUCGAAGCGGAAACAAUCAAAGAUAUUAAUGAUAAAGAAAUAUAUCGAAGCGAUUUCGAUGAAUCACUAAAUAAACAUAAUAUAAAUGUCCAUAACAUUCGAAUUGGUGAAAUAAAUGAACACAAUAAAGACACUUUUAAAAAUAACAAUCACAUAAUAGAAAAUAAUGAUAAUGCAUUUGAAAAUAUCAAUCACACGAUCGAAAAUAACAGUCGCACGUUAGAAAAUAUCAAUCAUAUAAUUGAAAAUGACGUACAGACGAUUGAUAGUGACAGUCAAUCGGGAUUGAUAACGUUUAAAGUGAUAGAAGAAUUGAAUAAAGUCAAAAGUUAUUUAAAUAGAAAUGGUGAUAGAAGAAUCAGUGGCGAAUGCUCAUUGGAUUCUGGUUACAAGAGUGAUAAUCAAUCGAGAAGUUCUAGAAGUUGUAAGUGAAUUAUGACAAUAUUAGGGUUCUGUGCAGGGGUGGAUCGUGAAUUUGUGGGGCUCUGCUCCGUGCUAAUACUUCAGGGGCCUAUUUAUAAAUGAAAUAAUAGGGAUGAUGACUAAUUUUUGUUUGUUUGUCCGUCAGAUAGAUGUUAAAAAAUAUUGAACACGUAUUUUUUUAUUUUUUUCGUAAUCAUAAAAUAACGGCGUUACAUGGAGUUGAAAUUUCGCAUGACUUCACGUUAGAGUACGUUUUCUACUCAACUGUGACGUAGCGAGCCCCCACUCCUCAACUUCAAUGCCUGUUAUCUAAGCUAUUUCUUGUUAAAUUAAAGUAAAAAAAAAAUACGUAUCUAAUAUUUUUCUAUUAUCUGACUGACGGACUAAAUAGAAUUGCAUUUUUUUACCCAGUCAUCAUCCCUAUUGUAGUUUUGUUAAACUGCUUUUAAUAAUACUAAUGUGUGUAUAUUGAGGGUUCUUUGUAAGCCCUUAGGUAGAUCCGCCCCUGGUUCUGGGGGUUAAUUGUGUAAUUGCAAAAUUUAUCACAAUCUCUUUCAAAGACAUAACGAUUCUGAUAGCUAUUAAUGGAAUCAUGUCACUAUUAAAAUAGCAAGCGAAUG